UUAAAUUAUAUAAUUUUUAGAUAUUUAAUUGUUGAACCAUAUAGUAUACACAGUUACACAGUACAAACACGCUUAUUAUCGAUUAAUUUGGACACACGAGUGUGUUGAAGAAAACUCAAUUCUUAAAUAGUAAAAACAAAAAAUGGAUUCUAAUUAUAAAUUUCAACGACCUAAACAUCCAAGAGCCAAUGCAAACAUAUUUGAGAUCAUCACGUUUAGCUGGAUGUUGGACUUACUCAAAAUAGGAUGUAAAAGAGACUUAGAAAUAAAUGAUUUGUAUGUACCUUUAAAUGAACAUGUGUCAUCAACAUUAGGAAAUGAUUUAGAAAAGAAAUGGAAUCAAGAACUGGUUCUUACAGAAAAUGGAAAACGAAAGCCUAGUUUGUUGAGAGUCUUAAUCAAGUUUUUUGGAACUAAUAUUAUGUUUUGUGGAUUAACUCUUGCUAUCAGCGAAAUAUUUAAGAUGUUCCAACCCAUGUUGAUUGGUAGACUAGUGUCAUAUUUCAAUACCGAAACACAGAAUGAAACCGAUUUAGAACACGCAUACAUUUACGCAGCUUGCUUAACAAUAAAUAUGUUAUUUAUAAUUGUUUUUUUUCAUUCGACACAACUAGAAAUAGUUCACUAUGGGAUGAAAAUGCGAAUUGCUUGCUGUUCAGUAAUAUUCAGAAAGGCUAUUCGAUUAAGUAAUGAAUCGCUAGGUGAAACAUCGAGUGGUCGAAUAGUUAAUUUAUUAUCAAAUGACGUGCAACGGUUCGAUGGAGCACUAUUUUUUCUGCACUAUUUGUGGAUUACCCCCUUGGAAACGAUAAUAAUUACAUACUUAUUAUGGCAAGAAAUUGGUGUGUCAUCAAUAUUUGGAGUUGCGAUUUUGAUUACGUUCAUUCCUCUGCAAGUGUGGCUUGGAAAAAAAAUUUCCAAAUUUAGAUUAAAGACCGCUAUUGUAACUGAUGAAAGAGUGCAUUUGAUGAAUGAAAUAAUUUCGGGAAUUCAAGUAAUUAAAAUGUAUACAUGGGAAAAGCCAUUCGAGUAUUUAGUACAAUAUGCAAGAAAAAUGGAAAUACAACAGAUUCGAGGAUCGUCUUACAUCAGAGCAAUAUUUUUAUCAUUUAUGGUAUUUCAUACGAGGAUUGCUUUGUUUUUUAGUAUACUUGCAUAUGUUUUACUCGGAAACUAUAUUACUGCACAAAAGGUAUUUGUCGUAACAACAUAUUAUAAUAUAUUACGUGUGUCGUUGACAAUAUUUUUUCCUCAAGCCAUUGCACAAAUAGCUGAAUUAUUAAUGACUAUCAAACGAAUUCAGAAUUUUUUAUCAUACAAAAAAAAAAAUUGUCAAGUUGUAAGUUUUUCAAAAUUGAAAAAUGUAUCCAUCAAUAAUGGUGUAAAAAAACCGAUCAUUAAUUCUGCAUCAAUUACUACAAAUAAUGACAACGGAAUGCUACAGUCAAAUAAUUUAAGAAUAGUUAUUUCAAAUGCAACGGCUAAGUGGACUCAAAAUGAAACUGAGAACUCUUUACAACAUAUUAAUUUAACUGUAAAAACUAGUCAAUUAGUCACAGUUAUUGGUCCUGUAGGAGCAGGAAAAAGUUCAUUAAUACAAGCAAUUUUACGAGAACUACCACUAUCCAAAGGAAAAAUUUCAGUGCAUGGUGUAAUUUCUUAUGCAUCCCAAGAACCAUGGUUAUUUGUAGGUUCUAUUCAAAAAAAUAUAUUAUUUGACUCUCCAAUGGAUAAACACCGUUAUAAACAAGUAAUAGAAGUAUGUGCACUUAAAAAAGAUUUUGAACAGUUUUCAUGUGGAGAUAAAACAAUUGUCGGAGAAAGAGGAGUAACUCUCAGUGGCGGGCAAAGGGCGAGAAUAAAUUUAGCUAGAGCCAUAUAUAAACAAGCGGAUAUUUAUUUAUUGGACGACCCUCUUUCAGCUGUCGACACACAUGUUGGCAGUCAUUUGUUUGAAAAAUGCAUAAAAGGUUUCCUCAAAGAAAAAACUUGUAUCCUUAUCACACACCAAUUACAGUACUUAACGAGUGUAGAUAAAAUUGUUGUAAUGGAUAAUGCAAAUAUUUUAUUGGAAGGUACAUAUGAAGAACUUCAAAUGUCUAAUUUAGACUUUGCAAAAAUGCUUCGUUCUCCAAGAGGGAUGAUAUCUGUGGCUGAUGAUACAUUCGAUGUUGGAAAUAAAAUCGAUCAAAACUUAAUUUUCGAUCGUCAAGUGCCUGAAGAAACAAGUAUAACACCAUCUGUUGAUGAAAGUAAAAUCCAUAAAGAUAAAUUAGAACCCACCGAAAUAGCUGAAACUCGUUCUUCGGGGAAUAUUUCAUAUAGUGUUUAUUUGUCAUAUCUCUUUGCUGGUGGAAGGAAGUGUAAAAUUUUAUUUUUUAUUCUGAUCUGCAUUUUUACUCAAGUAUUUUCGUCUCUCGGAGACUUUUGGAUAAAUUAUUGGGUGAACUUAGAAGAACACGCUUUCCGUAAUGUAAUAAACGCGCCUAUAGCAGUGUCUGAUAACAACUCGAGUACAUUGUUAUGGUGGUCAAUUUCUAGACAAACAUGCAUUUAUGUUUUUUCCGUUAUAACUUUAAUUAUAAUAAUUAUAUCUGCAAUAAGGUCAGUCUUAUUUGUAUCCGUCUGCAUGAAAGCUUCAUUGAACCUACAUAACAAUAUGUUUAAUGCUUUAACUAAAGCUAAAAUAUAUUUUUUUAAUACAAAUCCUUCUGGACGCAUUCUUAACCGCUUUUCCAAGGACAUAGGCACUGUUGAUGAAUUAGUACCAAUAUCAUUGAUGGAUUGUAUACACAACGGAUUGAUGGUUUUUGGAAUACUAAUCGUUAUUGGAAUCAUUAACGUGUAUAUGAUAAUAGCCGCCUUUGCUUUGAUUUUUGUAUUUUACAAAAUAAUGAUUUUCUAUUUAUCAUUAUCACGUAGUAUUAAACGGUUAGAAGGAACUACACGAAGCCCCGUAUUUACACAUUUGAAUGCAACUUUACAAGGUUUAACAACGAUUAGAGCAUUUGAAGCGGAAAAUAAAUUGACCAGAGAAUUUGAUGACCAUCAAGACUUACAUUCUUCAGCUUGGUAUUUAUUUAUAGCAUCAAGUAGAGGUUUUGGAUUUUGGUUAGACAUUAUUUGUUUUAUAUACGUGAGCGCAGUUACAUUCAGUUUCGUUGCAAUUGGCAAUGAUAUAUUUGGAGGUAAUGUUGGUCUUGCCAUUUCCCAAGCUUUUGUAUUACAAGGAACACUUCAAUGGGGUUUGAGACAAACGGCAGAAUUAGAGAACAAUAUGACAGCUGUUGAAAGAGUAUUAGAAUAUACAGAUGUUACACAAGAAGAUGAUCUUGAGUCAAAAGGUAAAAAACAAUCUUCAAAUUGGCCAUCAAAAGGACAAAUUAUAUUCGAAAAUUUUUAUCUGCGAUAUGGACCAAAUACAUCAUAUGUUUUAAAUAAUCUUAACAUAAAUAUAGAAUCAAAGCAAAAAGUAGGAAUCGUUGGAAGAACUGGUGCAGGAAAAUCAUCUUUAAUUUCUGCAUUGUUUAGAUUAGCUUUUAAUGAAGGUAAAAUUAUUAUUGAUGGUAUUGAAAUUCAUGAACUUGGACUAAACGAGUUGAGAUCUAAGAUAUCCAUAAUUCCCCAAGAACCAGUCCUGUUUUCGGGAACAAUGCGAAAAAAUUUAGAUCCAUUUGAUGAACACCCAGAUCAUAUACUUUGGAAUGCAUUAGAUGAAGUUGAACUCAAAAACGUUAUUGAAGACCUACCUGAUGCUCUUAAUUCAAAAAUGUCUGAAAAUGGUUCCAAUUUUAGUGUUGGUCAAAGACAAUUAGUAUGUCUUGCUAGAGCUAUAGUCAGAAACAAUAAGAUUCUCGUUUUGGAUGAAGCCACAGCUAAUAUUGAUCCACGGACAGACGCGUUGAUUCAAAUGACCAUUAAAAACAAAUUUAGAACAUGUACAGUCUUAACAAUUGCACAUCGUCUAAAUACUGUAAUAGAUUCGGACAAAGUUCUUGUUAUGGACAAAGGAAAUAUAGUCGAGUUUGACCAUCCACACAAAUUAUUGAAAAAUAAAGAAGGAAUUUUUUACAAAAUGGUAGAACAAACAGGACCAAGUACAUUUGAUUUUUUACAUAGAUUAGCUACAGAGAAUUAUCAUACUGGAAAUUUAGAGACAGUAACAACAUUCGAAUCAUCUGUUAAUGAUGCAGACAGCAAUGAAAGCAUUUCAAAAAAAAAUAUUUAGUAAUAUUCUUGUAAUUUUACAUAAUAUAACUUAUUAACUAUAAAUUAAUAUAAUCUAAAAUCAUAAUUUAUCGGCAUAAAUAUUUAAUUAACAAAAUGUG